GCUUGCACACCGUCCUCACUGACGACCAUGAGUCUCUCUUCGCUGUUCUCUGCGAUCUUCCCCACCGUCCACGCAGACGCUCCGGAGGAAAAGGCGGAGAAGCCUCCUCAGGAGGAGUCUCAGGAGGAGCCUGCAAAGGAGCCCCAGGAGGAAGAGGAGGAGGAGCCCGAGGAUAUUCUUCCUGCACUUCAGGAGGAGUGUACGGAGUCUGCCAAGUGCGCGCCGCUCGCGCAGCACUUCGCGCACUGUGAGGAGAAGGUCCACGCUGGCGAGGGCUACAAGGGUGAGGAUUGCGUUGAGGAAUUUACUGGCGGUUUGCUCUUGUUGGUUUCUCUACUCAUUCUCGUCACUUGCACCUCCCUUCGCGCAGACCACUUGAUGCACUGCGUCAACGGCUGCGUCGCACCAAAACUCUUCUCCAAGCUCAAGUAGAAGAGGUCUUAGUUUACCUACUCUAGUCUAGACUACCCUCUGAUGUAUGCUCGCAGGCAUAAUUAUGGACUGUGGUAUAGAUCCUGUCUCCCGACCUAUCGCAUCCUGGCGAGACC